AAUAUGUCAAGAAAGGAGAGGGGCUUCUUGCUCUAAACCACACUCCCAGGACAGUUGAUGUUCCCGCCUCCCUGCCCACCCCGCCCCACAACAACCAGGAAGAGCUCAGGGUCCAAGACUUGUCUGGGCGCGACAGCCCGGGAGGCUACGUCCCGUCGUCUUCUCCAGAGAGCGUGGCUGACAUGGAGGUCAGCAGGUACCCCGACCUCUCCUGGGUCAAACUGGAGACACCAUCACCCUGCCUUUCGCCUACACUACCCAUGAUGCCCUGCGCCUGGGAAAAAGUGAAACAAGAAGUGAAGGUGGAGCCUAACCAGCGUCGUGCCUCAUGCUCAAAACCUGACCUGGUAACCAUAGCAAUAACGCUGAACCCUGUUGCGGCUCAGAAUGUAGCGGAUGUGAUGACGGCGGUUGCUGAGCUGAGCGGGUCGCCCCCCCCUCCAACUACCAGCUGAGUACAGCUACUGUUCCUGCUGGACUCACACAGAGUUCAACAGGAAACAAUCAGCAGAGACCUGCGGCUGGAAACACUGCUGUCAGAAUGGACCACACUCAACCGGGCUGCACAUCCACUGCCAGGUCUCCGUGUUGCACCUACUGCAAGAUGCUCCUGGGAAACGGAGUCCAAAUUUUUAAGGAUCUUAAACAGGAAGGUCAGUCCAGCUCCAGUUUGCUUUUCUGUAGUCCAAACUGCUCUGCUCUCUACACAUCGGACCUGCAGAACAGAAGAGCUGGGAACAAGGAUGCGGUCUCUGAGCACCCCCCUCCCAGCAGAGUGCACCACCUGUACACCAGCAACAUGUCCUCCAUAGCCGUCCACUCGCUCCUCCACACUCCCUCCUCCCCUGCCCCAACCUCCUCCCCACCACUCUCUUUCCCCCCCGCCUCUGCCAUCACCAUGGAGACCAGGCCCCGCAUGGACCGCCUCAAGGUGACGGUGAAGUUGAAGCCUCGCCCCCGGGCAGUCCCAGUUGUAGACGACGCACUGGCGUCUCGCCGAGGGAAGAGGAUGAAGAGUAACCGCUGGAGACGCUGGAGUUUUAGCAUCACUCUAAGCAGGGGCACUUCCAUCCCUAAUGAGACGGUUGCCGUGCCAACGGAGGAGGAAGUGGACAUACUAUUGAGUAAACUGGGAGCGUGUCUUCGUCCUGAUCCGUUACCCAAAGAUCAGCGGAGGUGCUGCUUCUGUAACCAGCAGGGAGACGGGCAGACGGACGGACCAGCCAGACUGCUGAACCUGGACCUGGACCUGUGGGUCCACCUGAACUGCGCCCUGUGGUCCAGCGAGGUGUACGAGACUCAGGCCGGAGCUCUGAUCAACGUGGAGCUCGCUCUGAGGAGGAGUCUGUCUUUGCGCUGCGCCUUUUGCCAGAGGGCCGGAGCCACCAGCGGCUGCAACCGCCUCCGCUGCACCAACACGUACCACUUCACCUGUGCCUUGCAGGCCCACUGCACCUUCUUCAAGGACAAAACCAUGCUGUGCCACCUCCAUAAGCCCCGGGCCGUUCCUCUCGGAGCCGAGCGGUCAUCCAGCAACUCCCCCUCCUCCACCCCUUGUCCUACCUUUGACCCUGUGGCGGUGUGCGACCCCUAUGACUGCGAGCUGCGUUGUUUCGCCGUGUUCCGCCGGGUGUUUGUGCAGCGGGACGAGGCGCGGCAGAUCGCUGCCGUGGUGCAGCGUGGCGAGGGGCGACACACCUUCCGGGUGGGCAGCCUGCUGUUCCACGCCAUCGGGAGGCUCUUCCCACAGCAGAUGAAGGCCUUUCACAACAAGGCGGCCAUCUUCCCUAUCGGUUUCCAUACAAACCGCAUCUACUGGAGCAUGCGCCAUCCAACAGGACUCCCAUGA